AUGAGAGCAGAGUCCCCUAUGUUCCAGUUUUGGGCUAUAACGCUUGAUAUGGAGCUGCUGCUACUUCUUCUUGUGAGGUCUCUUCGUCUUGGAGAUUUCCCCCUGUAUAUUGACGUGCUCAUAGAAAUGUGCCCAUGGUUCUUUUCAUUGGACCACACAAACUAUUCAAGGUGGAUUCCAGGUCACAUUAAAGAUAUGAUUCAACUUGAAAAUAAUCAUCGAACUAUUCAUGAGGCCUUUGUUGCAGGACAUUUCACGGUCUCCAAGUCAGCCUGUUCUUUCUCAUCACUAGCUGUGUACCAUGCUCAUGAGUAAAAUAAUGUCCUCAUCAAAGGUCAAGGUGGCGUUGUAGGAAUCACACAAAGCCCAAAUGCUCUAAGACGAUUGAUGGUGGCUGGUCCUGGAAUUGCCCAGAUUGUCC